AUGGCCUACCGAGACCUGGUAAGGAACUGGCACCAAGGCAUCCUGGCUCUGGAGGAGGGUGACUGGGCAUUGGCCUUAAAGAUCUUCCAAAGCAUCGAAGGGCCUCCCUCGAAGAUUGAGUUCAACAUUGGCUGCAUCCAUCUCUUAAAAGGAAACCUGGCAGAAGCACUGGAGGCAUUUGACCAAACAGUUUCCAAGGACAACUGCUUAGCUGUGGGCUUCUACCAGAGAGGCUACGUCUGCCUACAGCUCGAGAGGUAUGAAGAAGCCCUGAACGACUGCCAACUGGCUCUGACGCACCUCCGAAAUAACUCCCGUAUCGAUUACAAGCAGCUGGGUCUGAAGUUUGUCUUGUCUGCCUGGGAGGUGCUGUACAAUACCGCUGCAGUCUACUGCCGGCUUGGGAAGUGGCAGGAUGCUGAACGCAUCUUGGAAGAGGCCUUUGCGUGGGCUCCCAAGGGUCAAACCUUACGCUUCAGUGCUGCUCUGGAGCGAGUACAGGAGCAUCUCUUCCUGGAGCCCAGGAGCAUCCCACAGGGGGAGUUCUUCAGACCUCGGAAGGAGGACGUAGAGGAACUUGAAGCAAAAGAUUUCCUGGGCCAACCCAAGGUCAUCGCCUCUGCUUUUGAGGAAGACAGUGCCAGCAGCUUUCCAGGUCUGCAGCCCCAGAAAGUCUGCAUCCCAGCCUCCCACCUGGAGCCCAUGAGCUUUGCUGGACGUAGCAAAGGGGAAAUCCACCGUGGCAUCCCCCUUCCCCCGGAGAAAGUGCCCUCCAGCCGGCCCCCUGAGAGGCCAAGGAUGGAGCCCCCAGGACCGACGGAGAGGAACGUGGGCAUGAAUGGUGCUGACUCCAAAGCAGACAUGCAGGUCCCACUGGCCCAGGAGGAAGUCUCCCCCACCGACAGCAGACCCAUCCUGCUAACAGUCCAUGGAUCUUACACUGCAAGCAUGCAGAUGAGCAGUGCCCCCUCCCUGGCUGACUUGCGUGCCGUGCUGCUGGAAGAGUGCUGCCGGCAAGCCCAGAAGAUGACACUGAGGUACAGACCUCUAGGCAGUGAUGAGUUAAUCCCAAUUAGCAAUGAUGAGGAACUGAGGAAAGUGUGGCAAGAGGUACAAAGCAGCCACCUGACCCUCUGGUGCCAGGGCAAAGACAACAGCACAGACAGACGUGUUCUCUACCAGAUGGUGGCACGACACUCUUACUCUGCACAGGGACUGGAGGACCUGAGUUUUAAGGAAGGCGACAUACUGGAGAUCCUCUCUGAAGUGAAUGAGGAAUGGCUAGAAGGGCGCUGCAAAGGAACCAUUGGGAUUUUCCCAAAAUGCUUUGCUGUGCGAGAGACCACUGCUGCUGCUGCUGCUCUUCUUCCGUCCCCCUCCCCAGGCACUGUUGCCUCUCCUUCCAGAGACUGA